AUGGCAUCAAACACAGACCUAUGGAAAUUCCAGAGGUGGAUUCAGGUGCCUAGGAGGAAUAAACAUCUCCUAUUGACCGCUCACAACCAUCAUAACUGUUCAUCAAUGGGAGCUUAUCUGAUGGCCAUAGAAUCUGAAGAUGAAGACAACUGGAUAAAUCAACAAACAGAGUAUUACAGGAGUAAUGAGAAAGAGUGGAAGAGAUUUCGACCUACCAUGACGAGAACGUCAGCGUAUAACGAGGCCUUGUCAAGACAGGGCUAUCCAUCCUACCACUGGCGUAAUCACGACAUUACUACCACCAAAACUACGUUUAAUGGAGGAGGCAUGGGUGGAGACUGGUGGUCGGGAGCAACAGACGCUGAUUCAGAGGGAACCUUUUAUUGGCAACACUCCAGGGAACAAAUUGUAUUUGAGAAAUGGAAUCCUGGUGACCCAAGUGGUGGAACAACUGAAAACUGUGUAUUGAAAGUAUAUCUUGGAAAUUGGCAAGAUUACCCUUGUUCAAUGGAAUUUCCCUAUAUCUGUGAAAAAUAA